UCAGGCAGGAACAAGCGCUACAGUGCAAUUACUACUCACUACAUAGUCUGCUAUAGUCACUACUGUACUAAAUGGUGGCAUUACUGCUUAAAUAUACAGUACCGAGUACAGUCCGGGGAGUUACUGCUACUAUACAGUAUUGAGAACAGUCAGGGUAGUUAAGUUACUGCUACAUGUGUGUGUGUGUGUGUAUAUAUAGUACUAGUACGUCUCUGGGGGUUGAGUUACUGCCUCAUGUAUACAGUGCUUGGUACAGUUUGCUAUGCUCCAGUAAACACGUUGGACGGAAGAAGUCAAGUCUCGUCUCGUUCGGCGGCUGUUUACAGACCAACGGGUUUUCUGUGGACAUUUAUUGGAGCUUAAAAUGACUGAGAUAAGGGCGGCCGUCAGGGCGACCGCUCGCGUGGCUAGGGAAACACUUUAAAUAUCACGGAUUUUAAUCGCAAAGAAAUGGAGGGCGCGGAAACCAUUGAAGAAGGCGACAAGACCACCACGGAUGUUUUCCAAAGGUCCUGCUCGGCGCUAACCGUGGACGACGUUUACGAGAUAGCCAAGUUGAUCGGCUCCGAGGUUGAGCAACUCAUCGACAACUUUGGUAAAGAGAGCGUCGUGGGGCUGGUACCCAAAACAGUCAAAGUCCUCGAACUGCUGGAGAGCUUCGCUUCACGCAACCAAGCGUGGAAGCUGAAGGAAGAAGAGCUGAAGAAAGAAGAGCUGCUGAAAGCGUUUGAGACGCUGCAGCUCCAGCAGCAAAAAAAACGCACCGCCAAGGACACAGAGGUCGGAAAGCACAAUAAUGAACUACGGGAGUGGAAGCAGAAGGAUGACCAAUGGAGGAGGAGGUGUGAGGAGCUCCAGGCCCAGGUGCAGCAGCUCCAGGAGGAUAAGCAGGACCUGGAGAGCAGACUGAAGGGCAGCCAUGCUCAGGAGGAUCGUGCCCAGCGCCAGGAGAGGGAGGUGAUGCUGAAGCUGAAGAGUGUGGUGGACAAGCAGAGGGACGAGUUAAGAGCCAAAGUCCAGGAGAUCGCCACCCUCUCCAACGAGGUGGAGGCAUUGCAGGAGCAGCUGGAGCGCUUCAUGAAGAUGAACAGCGAGCUGCGCCACCGGCAGAGCGUGCUGCAGGCCCAGCUGACGAGCACCACGGCCCGCAAGACGGACAUGGAGGCCGACCUCCGGGAGAAACACAAGCAGAUAGAGCACAUCCAGACGCUGCUGGACCAGGCCAGGUCUAGCCCCCGGAAGGUGUCGGUGGGGCAGCCAGAGUCGCUUGGGGCAGACCAGCCUUGCUUCACGAAGAAGGAGGUGCGGGAAAUUCUGUUUGAAAGGAACGAGCUGAAGGCCAACCUGUUCCUCGUCCAGGAGGAGCUCAAGUACUACCAGAGGGAGAUCCUGAAUGACGAGAGGUUCCCGAGCUUCGUCCUGGACGCACUGCGCACCACCAUCAGCAAGCAGAGGACACUCAUCAAGGCCAAGAUGCUGGGCAUUCCUUUGGACCAAGUCAACAGUGAUGAGGAAGAGCAGGCCCCUUGCAAUGGGAGGGCUGAGAUGGAUGAAACGGACGAGACGGACGGCCCUGAAGAAAAACCAGCUGAAUCUCGCAUUCGGAGCCUCUUUGGUUUCCUGACACGGUCCGGCAGCAACCGAAGCCCCACCCACAUGAGUAGCUCCACCUCUACCUGGGAGAUCCUCGGCGAAACGGAGGCUGUUGGAGACUCAGGGCUUGAGCCAUCCUCCUGAGAGGAAAGAGGUCACGGGGCAUUGACUCACACUUACCAUGUGGCUUUGGUUUGUUUUGAUCUGGAAUAGGACUGGCAUGUAUUAUCCUUCUUUUCAACUCUGCCUUGAUCCGGAAUAUGGCCAGUUUUACUGGUUAGCAAGUAUUACUGAUUGCUUCCAAGAUGUCAGGUUUUAGGUUAUUUUAAAAUGAUAAUGUGGGAGUGGAAUAUUAUUUCCAUGUUGUUAAAAAGCUCACACAUGUAGAGAAAUCUCCAAGAUGCCAUUAUUUUAAUAAUUUGGAUUUUAUUUGAUAUAUUUUAAAGAGGGACAUAUAAAUAUAUAUUAAAGAUAUAUAUUAGUUUUGUUAGCAUUACCAGAACAUUAUUAUAUCCUGUGGCAUUAGUUUUUAAUUGUCUUUAAAAUCAUGUGCAACUAUUUGUGGAAGUUCUAUUACCUUUUCAAACCAAAGAUCACACAAAUAUGUAUUUUUUUUAAUGAAUCAUUAUCAUAGGAGGAAAGAUCAUGUCUCUACAAGACGACAUUGUUUCAUUCAACAUUCACCUGAUUUCAUCCCAAAUAUAGCGCUUUGAACAAGUCAAAAAUCAAAUUGUUAUCCAGGCCAGUGUUUCAUGUAUCGGUGAAUAUAAUGUACUCUCCUUUAUAUAUUCGAUUAUUUUCCCUACAAUGGGCAAAUCUGAUGGAUUUUCAUUGUAUUUCUCUUAUUGACACCAUGAUUGAAAGAGGAGAUGUUGAGACAAUCAAGUUCAUCAGUGUUUAUAAUGAGUGUUUUAAACAAGCCAUAUAUUCCUAAAUCAGAACUAUUUUUGUAUGCUGAAAGAUGGUUAUAACGGAUUCUUCCCUCAAUAAACUCUUGCAGUAUCUGCUAUUCUUAAAAGGGAUUCCCCUUUCCCCGUCUUGUUUGUUCU